AUGCAACCAAGGGCAAGUACUGGAGCUGGUUACCGUUUUAGUGCAUCUAGUACGCCUAGCAAUUCAAGUGGAGGAUCUGAUCCAGAUGAUAAUGAGUCACAAGGCGAGGUUUUCAUAUGGGGAGAGGUUUUUGCAGACGGGGUUCCUUCCAAGACAGACGUGUUGAUUCCUAAGCUGUUAGAGUCACAUGUUGUUCUUGAUGUUCGUAACAUUGUAUCUGGUGUGAGUCACCUUGCUAUAUUAAACAAGAAAGGGGAGGUUUUUACUUGGGGAGAAGAGUCUGGGGGUAGACUUGGUCAUGGAAUUGAUAAAGGUUUUAGUAAGCCUCGUCUAGUUGAGAAUCUUGAAGAUGUUACUUUGGAUAUUGUUGCAUGCGGAGAGUUCCAUACAUGUGCUGUGUCUAAAUCUGCAGAAUUUUUCACAUGGGGUGAUGGUACACAUAAUGUAGGACUUCUUGGACAUGGUAAUGAGGCUAGCCACUGGAUACCAAAGAGUGUCGAUGGCUUUUUGGAUGGACUUCAAGUUGUAUCUGUUGCAUGUGGCACAUGGCAUUCAGCAUUGGCAACCUCAAACGGAAAAUUAUUUACCUUUGGUGAUGGAACAUUUGGUGUUUUAGGCCAUGGUGAUCAAGAGAGUGUAUCGUAUCCAAAGGAAGUACAAUUAUUAGGUGGACUGAGGACUAUUAAGGUUGCUUGUGGAGUAUGGCAUACUGCAGCUAUCGUUGAGGUUAUUUUUCAAUCUGGUUCAAAUGUUUCAUCAUGGAAACUCUUCACAUGGGGUGAUGGUGACAAACAUUGUUUAGGCCAUGGCAACAAGGAAACCUAUCUCCAACCGAGACGUGUUUCGCCCCUUAUUGAAUAUAAUUUUCAGCAGAUAGCAUGUGGACACACCAUGACUGUUGCCCUCACUACAUCUGGUCAUGUAUUUACAAUGGGAAGCACGGAAAAUGGUCAAUUAGGAAAUCCAAAUUCGGCUGGGAAAGUACCUACUUUAGUCCAAGAUAAGUUACUUGGUGAAUUUAUUGAGGAAAUAUCAUGUGGAGCUCAUCAUGUUGCUGUUUUGACAUCAAGAAGUGAAGUAUAUACAUGGGGAAAAGGUUCUAAUGGAAGACUAGGACAUGGUGACACAGAUGAGAGAAAAUCUCCUACAUUUGUGGUAGCCUUGAAAGAUAGGCAUAUAAAAAAUAUCUCGUGUGGUUCAAACUUUACAGCUUGUAUAUGUAUUCGUAAAUCUGUCACUGGAACUGACCAACCUGUUUGCUUUGGCUGUAAACAAGCAUUUGGUUUAACACGAAAAAGACACAAUUGUUAUAAUUGUGGAUUGGUUUUCUGUCAUACUUGUAGUUCUAAAAAGUCAUUUAAAGCUGCAUUGGCUCCAACACUCGAAAAGCCUUAUCGUGUGUGUGAUAUUUGUUAUACUAAGCUUAAAGUUGUUGACGCCAAUGAUCCUUCAAAGGUAAAUGGAAAAGCUACUCCUUCUCACUGUCCCACAAAUGGUAGGGAAAGAUUAGACCAAGGUAUUUUAAGGUCUACAAGAACUCUCUUUUCUUCUGUUACUGAACCAAUGAAGUACCUUGAAAUAAGGAAUAAUAAGCCUGGAACUGAAUAUGGUUCUACUUCUCUCAUAAGAGCUUCUUUAGUUCCAUCUCUUUUGCAAUUGAAAGAUAUUGCUUUUCCAAGUAUGCUGAGUUCUAUUCAAAGUGUUUUGAAGCCUUCUACUCAUCCUAGUUCAUCACAAAGUUCUACAUCCCCGUACACAUGUAGAUCAAGUUCUCCUCCACCGUAUGUCAAUCAAAGAUUUUCUGGUGCUCUUAUCAAUAGUUUGAGCAGGACAAGUGAUGUUCUUAACCAACAAAUCUCAAAUUUGCAGAGCCAAAUUCGAGGAUUGGAGGAGAUAAGUGAGACGAAAGAUGUGGAAAUUCAGAAGCUUCAGAGAAAGACUACAGAAGUUAUUGCCUGGGUUGCAGUGGAGUCUUCUUGUCAUAGAGAAGCAAAAGAAUUUAUUGAAUCUACUAAACAUCAGUUGAAGGAAAUUACUGAGAAGCUACCAGCAGAAAUUCCAGAAAGUAAUAUCUUGAGUACUAUCCAAACACGAGCUGAAGGUUUACUGAAAGAGUUUUUUGAAUCGGAAAUGUCAGAGUUGGAGUCCAAGCAACAAAGUGCACGUGACAUAUCUGCUGCAGUUAAUGAUGACACUUCUAAACUAGAAAAUAUCAGACUAGUCGAAAAUGCUGACGUUAGAGAAGUUGACUCUUGUAUAGAUGAAUCAAAGUUAGAGAGUUUGCAACAAAAUGCACAUGACAUGUCCGCUGCAGAUAACGACUCUUCUAAACUAGAAAAUAUCAGAUUAGUAGAAAAUUCCGACAUUGUAGAAGUUGACUCUCGUCUAGAUGAAUCAAAGUUAGAGUGUUUGCAACAAAAUGCACUUGAUAUAUCUACCACACAUAGUUGCAAUUUUGAACUACAAGAUCAUAGAAUAGAAGAAAAUGCCAACGUUGUAGAAGUUGACUCUUGUCUAGAUGAAUCAGAGUUAGAGUCUUUGCAACAGAAUGCACACGACGUAUCUGCUGCAGAUAAUGACUCUUCUAAACUAGAAAAUAUCAGACUAGUAGAACAUGCCGACGUUGUAGAAGUUGACUCUCGUCUAGAUGAAUCAAAGUUAGAGUGUUUGCAACAAAAUGCACCUGAUAUAUCUACCACACAUAGUUGCAAUUUUGAACUACAAGAUCAUAGAAUAGAAGAAAAUGCCAACGUUGUAGAAGUUGACUCUUGCCUAGAUGAAUCAGAGUUAGAGUCUUUGCAACAGAAUGCACACGACGUAUCUGCUGCAGAUAAUGACUCUUCUAAACUAGAAAAUAUCAGACUAUUAGAACAUGCCGACGUUGUAGAAGUUGAUUCUUGUCCAUAUGAUAUAACUACCUCAGAUAGUGACACUUCUAAACUACAAGAACACGUUCAUGAAAAGAUCGACAAGACUGCAAGACGUGAUCAAUCUGAGACUGGAACAAAUGUUUGUCAUGAAAGUAAUGGAUUGUCUAUAUCUAGUGUUGGAGAAGUGAUGUCACCCCGAAGAUCAGAAAAUGGUUCAAUAUCAGGGGACAGUUCAAGAGAUUUGAGUCUACAAGAAACACAAGUCUUUGAAAAAUUCGAGUCUGGUGUUUACGUGUUACUCAGGCUACGGGCUGAUGGAAUAAAAAAAUUUAAAAGAGUUAAAUUCAGUAAGCGAAGGUUCACUGAAAGUCAAGCAGAAGAAUGGUGGAGCCAAAACAAAGUUAGAGUUCUUAGGAAAUACUGUCCAAUUCAUCAAAACCAAAAAGGAUCAUGUAAGAUUACACCAAAUGUUAAAGAAAAUAUUGAAUCAUCUCUUUCUUAA